ACCCAGCACGUUGUCUCCACGCUGAAAUAACUAAAAUUUAGCCCCUCGGCCUUUGCUUCCCUCUUGUCCCUCGAUUUGAGCUCUGAGGUUUUCAAGCUACUUAGACGAUAUGAGGAAAAGAAAUAAGAAACCGAAAAGUAAUGAUGGAACCCCCGUGGCUAUCUCCACUCAACAGCAGCAGCAACAACAACAACAGCUGAAUUGCUAUGAAGGAGAAUGUCUCAUUCCUCUGCUCAAAUCUCUCAAUAGGGAGAUAGAGGCAGCAAAGCUUUCUGCAGGAGUGUUGCCAGAAAAAAUAUGGAUUAAGCAACAAUUUUCUAUUGGAGUCAAUGAUGUUACCCGGACACUGGAACGGAUGAAGCCAGUCUCUGAGUCGGGAAGUACUUCUCCACAGCCUGCUCUGGACAGUUGUGAAAAGAAAGGCUCCUCGGUUCGGCUUCAGGCUGUAAUUCUAGCUGCUGAUUGCAAUCCUCGGUGGUUAACAAAGCAUAUCCCAAGCUUGGCAUAUUCAAGGAAGGUUCCUCUUAUCUUCGUCAGAGAUAAGAAAGGUGGUUCUUUAAGAUUGGGUGAACUUGUGAAAAUGAAGACAGCCAUUGCGAUCGGAGUGAAGGUUAAUGACAGUGGGAUCAAUAAACUUGUAGAGCAAAUUCUGAUGGAUAAUGGGAAUGUCAAUACAGUGGGGAUGUCUGAAGCUGAAUGACCUUUCCUAGAAGAUGCACCUCAACUUAAUUUUACAGUUCAUGUGUUAAGCUUUUUUCAUGUAUAAUUUAUGCUUAAGUUAUACUAAAAACAGGUCUAUUAGCUGGAAGAGAAAUUUAGAGUACAGGUUCUGAAUUUUUCAAAUCACACAGUACCAAGAUAAAGAUUCAGAACAAUGUAGAGGUUAAACAUUUUUCAGAUCGGACAGUACCAAGAUAAAAUUUCAGACCAAUGUAGAGGUUAAAUAUUAAGUCACGUGGCAUAUUUUGGAUGAUAAACGUUGAACCA